UCGAAACUUCAUUUUGCCUGAGGGAGACCUCACUCGGUAUAAAGAGCCAAUAUGGAAACUUUACUCUUUGAGUUUUUUGUCACUCUUCUAUUGGGAAUACUUUGUGGAGAGGUUUCAAGUACAGGGGAAGUUGUAUAUGCUGUAAAUAGCGGCGGACCGGCGCAUACAGAUCUCAAUGGAGUUCACUACCAAGCUGACAAACUUACCGUGGGCACCGCGUCUGAUUUUGGCAAAUCGAUAGCAAUCGGAAGGGUCGCUCCCGCAGAUCAAAUACUCUACCAAACGGAACGAUAUCACUUUUCAAACUUUGGCUACAAUAUUCCUAUAAAGGAAAACGGCGAUUAUGUGUUGAUUUUGAAGUUUUGCGAGGUCUACUUUCAAGGUCCGAGACUAAAGGUGUUUGAUGUGGCAGUAAAUCAACACCCCGUGCUCAAGGGAUUAGACAUUUAUGAGAGAGUUGGGAGAGGGAUUGGUCAAGACGAGUACAUUCCAUUUAGAAUAAACAACAACCAAGUUUUGAUUGAUGGGGAAACAUUGCCAUUCAGUGGAACUGUUUAUGUUGAAUUUAUGAAGGGCUACUAUGAUAAUCCCAAAGUUAAUGCUGUGUUAGUCAUGAAAGGAACCCUUGAAGAUGUACCCAAGUUACCUCCACUACCACGCCCUGGGGAAGAUAAUGAAGAUGAUGACGAAGAUGAAGAAAGUAAAGAAGAUAAACCUAAGAAACAGCGCAAGAUUUCCGGCCCUAAAGCAAUUGACCCGUAUGCCAAUGAUGAAUCAAGCAUGUUAAUUCCUAUAGCUAUAGCUAUUGCAGUGUUUCUACCAACACUAUUCUGUUUGUGUAAAUUGUAACAUCCACGGUUUGGUUGAUUUUAUUUAUUACACUGCAUUACAUUAUAAAAAAUUGCUGUUACCCAAAGCUUUGAAAACAGCUGGAUAAAAAUUCAAUCCCCAACAUAAAAGUUUCUAGUGGUAAAAAAUAUUGUGCGUCAUUACCAUAGGUUUACAAAGUGUUUGAUCUAAUAGUUUUUGAAAGUGUUUGUCCCAGUAGUGAAAACACCAAAAUAAUUGUGUUUGUGUUUUCAUUCAGGGUUAGCCUUGUUGAUUCCUCAUCUUUAAGAUGUAAAUUGUAAUUUGAACUCUGAUUUCCAACCAUUUACCUUAGUUUGUAAUCACAAAUUGAUAAAGGUGAGUUUUCUUUCAACCCUCUAGCUCUCAGAAUCUGAAAGUAAUGCUCCAAACCAAUGUCAAACUUUACUCUGCAGACUAGUCCUGAGAAUUUGGUGUUGUUUGAAGACCAUAUCCUCUAUUUGAUAAUUUUCUUCACUCUCAUUACUUUUCUGCAUGGUAGUUUACUACAAAUAUAAGCCUGGUUUAAAAAAAAAAGGUUAACUAAACAUCUCUGAUCACCUCUUGACCCCAGCACAUUCUUAACCCCUUACAACCUAACAUCAGUUAAUAAUUCAAAGUCUCCAAACUCCUCUCUCUAUAUGUUCCUUUUGAUACUGACAAGGAGAAUUCUUAAGAUCAAAGCUUCCUCGGUUGGCAAUCAGAUUCUUUAAUUCUCCUGAUCUUAGUGAAUGAUCCAGCAGUGUUGCUGCAAAGAGAAAUUUGUUACUUGUCACUCAUAGGGUUAAGGGUAAAGCCUUCGUUCAUCAAAUUUUUACAACUGGAAGGCCACAUGAUAAAUUGAAUUGUUAUUUAUGAAAAAAAACCAAGCUAAGGGUCUGUCAUAGUAGUGAUAUAACUAAGUUUUAGAUUUGUGAAUUCGGGUCAAAUAAAGGUAACCCUUACAGUAGUUAUGUAAA